UUAACUAACAAUAACAUACUAAGUUAUGAUAAAAUGCUAUUUUUCAGCAGAAUAUGUUUCAUAGUUUUCUAAACACACUUUGAUAAGUCAAUUGAAUAUGCAGACGGUUGUGUUGGGUGUUUAAAGGGAGCUGAGGAAAAAUAAUUGCUUCACGGCUUUUAUUUAAUUGUUUUGCAUCAAUGUUUUCUCAGAGUAAUAUAGACACAUCUUGGUUAUAUUAACGCCACAUGGAACAUGGUAUGAUUUGGAGUUACGGCAACGACGACGUAUCUAUUAUGUGGUAAAUCCAAUAAGAUGUUUAACGUUGUUAAAUGACUGGAUGUUUGUGAUAGACGUCAUGCAUCAGGAACGUCACAUCCGGUUUGCUGAAGGCGCGCGUGGCUUUUGUUCCCUCCAGGCUUGCCGUACUCGACGUACGGAGUGGGCGGAGUCUGUAUUUGCUUACCUACUGCUGGAAGUUUGCGGAAGUUUGUUAUUUUGGACAAGUAAAGUUGAAGUCAUACGUCACCAGGAGCAUCAGAAAGAGUCUUAGCUGUGUUGUUGUUGUACUUCAAUAGAUGGACCUCCGUUCAGAGAAAAUACAGCGGAUCCUCUCCAAGUACAAAUUCCAUGAUGUUGCGGUUGAGGAGCUGCAGAAGAUCCAUCGAAUCUACCCCGGGAUGGCACCGUCCACAGGCACAUACACAUUUAGUGACGGCAGCCAAAAAGAUCUUGUGAGAUUAGUCGGUAACGCCCCAGCCCAGUAUGCAGGUCGCUCCUACAACUUCCCCAUCGAGCUGUGGUUGAUGGACUCAUUCCCCUUCACGCCUCCCAUAUGCCUCCUGAGACCGACCCCCACCAUGGUCAUCAGAGAGGGCAAACACGUUGACGGGGUCGGACGGAUUCAUCUGCCGGGGCUGCACAGCUGGGAUUAUCCCAAGUCGUCCGUGGUGGGUCUUUUGAAUGAGAUGAUUGCCAAGUUUGAAGAGGAUCCUCCGCUGUCCUCAAAGACCACCGUGGACAGCAAAGACCCCCACGAGCUCCUGUCUUUUGUUUCUAAUCUACGGAUCAAUGACGGUGAAAGCAAACGUCUCGAUAAACCGAAUAACAAAGUCUCAGUCAUCGGGGGAGGAGACCUGGGCAUGGCAACGGUGAUGAGCAUCUUGUCAAAGUGUAAAGUGGACAAACUUGUGUUCAUUGACGUCACCGAAAGUUCAACGAAGGGCGGCAGCACCGAUCUCGAGAUUUUCCGCCUGCCUCAGGUUGAGGUGUCCAGAGAUCUGUCAGCCUCCGCGGGCUCCAGGGUUGUCGUGGUGACCGCAAAUGCGUGGAGCAGCGAGCAGUCGUACGCCAGCGUGGUUCAGACUAAUGUGGACAUGUACAGAGGAAUCAUCCCCAGCCUUUCACGUUUCAGCCCCGACGGCGUGAUGCUCAUCGCGUCACAACCAGUGGACGUGAUGGCCCAUGUUGCCUGGAGGCAGAGUUGCCUGCCUCCGACGCGGGUGAUCGGAGCAGGCUGCAACCUGGACUCUGAGCGACUCAGUCACAUCCUGGACGUGAACCUGAACGCUCACAAACCCGCCUGGGUCAUCGGAGAACUGUCGGACAACAAAGUCGCUGUGAUGAGCAGCACUGGGCUGAGCUCCAGUGGGCAGCCGGAGAUCGCAGCAGAAUCCAACUCGACCAAACCGCUGUUGGACAGGGCGUUUGAGAUGAUGAAGAAUCGGGGCCAGCGGUCGUGGUCUGUGGGUCUGUCCAUCGCCGACAUCACAAACAGUGUGCUGACCGACAAGAUGAAGACCCACUCCGUCUCCACCCUGGCGCAGGGCUGGGGGGGCAUCGGUGCAGAGGUGUUCCUCAGCUUGCCGUGCAUCAUGGGAGCCAACGGGUCCACGCGCUUGGCCGGAGUGUCACUGGGGCCGGAAGAAGACUCCAAGCUGAGAGAGAGCGUCACCGGCCUAUCUAACCUCAUAAGUCAGCUCCAGAUAUGAACACACACGGCUGGAUUUGCACUAUAAUUAUUUUUGAAGUUAUGGCUGACAUUACUGUCUUAAAUACAAUUGAAUCACAAGAUGUUUUUGUAUAUAUUCCCGUUGUGUAUAAAAUAUGGGUACAUUAAACAAAUGUGAUAAAUGCAAUUCUAUGCAGGAGCAUCUAAAGAAUAUUGAUGUUUGUAGUUAAUAUAUUUGUGUCAACAAGUUGAAUUCUCCUGAACUACAUUUACCAAAGAUGAUGUAUGAUGCGUUCCUUACAUCAUUUAAGUUAAAAAUUGUGGUGUUGGCAUGAAUAUAUCCAGGUGCUGGUCUCGUCUUGAGCUCAUAUUUUAAUGGCCUUAUUUUCUGUCUUAGUGCUAUUUUCAUAUUUGAAGCAAUUCCUGUUGCAUUCAUAUUUAAAUUGCCUUUGUUUAAAAUACUUAUAUGUAGUGAGACUCCAAGAUUGAGUGGGUGUGCAAUAAAUACCUGGAACCAGA